AUGAGAAAGGUCAUAGCAGUUGAUGGCACACAUUUAAAGGGAAAGUAUCGAGGUGUUUUGUUGACUGCUGUGGCACAAGAUGUAGAGAACCAUGUUUUCCCAGUAACCUGCUGUGUGGUUGACUCGGAGUGUGAUGCCUCUUGGAAUUACUUUUUCCAACAAUUGGUUGACAUUGUGCCUAAUAGCUUAGAUUUGUGCAUAAUAUCUGACAGGCACCUCAGCAUUAAGAAGGCGAUACGAGAUGUUUACACCAAUGCUUACCACUGUGUUUGCACAAGGCAUCUUUGUGAGAGAAUGCGUGGGAGGGCAUUUUUCCCGGGGAAUAGAUUUAAAGUGCUGACGCCAAACAUUGUUGAAUCAUUCAACUCAAUGUUUCUAGUAGAGAAAGAGUUCCCCAUAACUGCCUUUUUCAACGACAUUAAUAUGAGGUUUGCUACCAAAUUCAAUGAGAGGCGUACCUUAGCAAAGAAUCUCCUCUUAUUAAACAAACGUGUCAUGCCUCGUGCUGAAUCAAGGAUAAGGAAGAGAAUGGAAGCGAGCAAAAAGGUAGUUGUCAUUGGGGUAAACGAAAACAAGUACACCGCGUGCGAACACGACAACCAUGCAACUGUCAACCUGUCGACUAUGUCAUGUUCUUGUAGAGUUUUCGACGUGGACAAGCUCCCAUGCCCACAUGCCAUAGCAGCUCUGAGUAAGAGGUAUCCAGAUACAUUUAAGAGGUAUCCAGAUACAUUUGGAGCCUCUGUUUAUAACCACUCUUCUACAUAUUACUCCGCAGAUGCAUACCACAAAGCAUAUGAAGGUGAUAUUGUCCAAAUUUCUCAUGAAAUGUAUUUAUAA